AUGGCAAACACAAUGGGAGGUGCUGGUAUGUUUCUGGAUCCAGAAAUAGAAGCCAUGGCCUUGGCAUUUUUUUGCUUGGCUUCAGUCAUUCUUGUGACUGUAUUGAUUUGGCUUGUGUUUGUGUGUCUAAGGGUAGAUGAUUCAAUUAAAUGGCCGUGGUCGAUUGUGUUCAUACCUUUAUGGUCGCUGGAUGGACUUUUGUUAUGGGCUUCUAUUUAUCGCAUGAAGCACGGUGAUCCAUACGAAGAACAAGAGGAACCGCGUGAAACAGACGAAUUAUUAGGAUCCACGAAAAAGAAGACGACUCGAUAUGUCAAAUAUCAGUUUAUCAGCACAUGUCUUUUAGUUUUAUUUCAAUUGCUCAUUGUUCUCCAGUUGGACAAUGUCGUACAAUGGCCAGUGACUUGUGUAUUUUUACCCUUUUAUGCGUAUCAAUUAAUGUGUUGGGUUCUUGGUAAAGGAACAGACAUUGUGCUGACUGUACAAAUCACCUGUGUGUUGCUACAGCUCAUUUUUCCUGGUUAUUCGUGGGCCAUUGUAUUUAUACCGUGUUAUAUGCUUGGUAUGUAUUAUGGUUAUGUACUAUGGAAGCAAUACAAGUCAUUUGCUAGUAUGUCGGAUAUUCAGGCACAACAACAAGGAAAGCGGGUGGUCUUAAUAGCCUCUGUUGUUUAUGUCAGUGUGGCUGCCUUAUUUUAUACCGUUUUAGGAUUCAUUAUUUAUCGUCUGGAUGGGUUUGUUAGUAUUCGACUUGUAUAUCUGUUUAUUCCUGUGUUUAUUAUUUUGAGUAUCUUACUUUGUUGUACGGGAUGUUGUUUGCCUUGUAUGCUCCUUGCUUCUUCUUUGUCUCAAGAGGAAACCAUAAUUGGCUCGAGCAGAAGAAUAGCCGAAUAA